AUGACCGCCCCAAGCCGGUCCUUGUCUCUACAGCAGCACGUCUCUGCUGCUCCAUCACCACCGUCUUUCCGCAUUGCCCCUCGCAAUGCGCGCACUGUCACUACUCAAUAUCGCUCCCGCUCACCGCCCGUCUCGACGCAUCCGGCGCGCAAGGGCGCUCCCCGCGCGCCCGAGAACCUUUUGGGGCAGCCGUUUCGGGCAGUGGAGGAGGAUUAUGAGAUAGGCAAGGAGCUGGGGCGGGGCCUGUAUGGCAUCACGUACAUGGCAAGGCACCGCCAGACUCAGCAGCACUUUGCCUGCAAGACCAUCACCAAGCGCCACCUGUCACCCACGUCAUGUGCCAACGUGGCACGGGAGGCGGCCAUUCUCGCCCACCUCUCCACCGGCCAUGCGGGCAUUGCAACGCUCAUUGACCAAUACGAGGACGCCACGUGUGUGCACUUCAUUCUGCAGCUCUGCACAGGUGUGCAGGAGGGGUGGCAUGUUGGAUGGGUGGGGUGGUGUGAUGGGAUGGUGUGUUCGAUUGUGUUCAGCACCACAGGCUUACCAGCCCAGGCAGACCAUUCCUUCAUGGAAUGUCUCCCUUUCCCCUCCCCUUCCCCUCCCCUUCCCCUCCCCUUCCCCUCCCCUUCCCCUCCCCUUCCCCUCCCCUUCCCCUCCCCUUCCCCUCCCCUUCCCCCUCCCACUCCCUCUCCUCCUCCCCCUCAAGUCGGGAAGGAGGGAAGGAGGAGAGGAGGUAGAGUGGAAGCUAUAUUCGGCCUCCCUGCAUCUCUUCCUGCCAGCCAUGCGGUUCGGCAUAUGACAGGGGAAAGGCAAGUGUGGGAGCACCUGACAGGUGGCAAGGAAUCCAUCUCCGCUGCCUCUCCUGCCUUUCCUGCCUCCCUCCCCUUUUUCACAGGUGGCAUGUUGUACGAUGGCAUCAAGGCGGAGGGCAGCUACAGUGAGCAGCGCGCGGCCGGCAUGGUGCGGCAGAUAGUGCAGGCGGUGCAGUACAUGCAUGAGCGGGGAGUGGUGCAUCGGGAUCUCAAGCUAGAGAACUUUCUGCUGCUGCACUCAGGGGAGAACGCCUCUCUGAUGGCCAUCGACUUUGGCCUGUCCACUUUCUUUCAACCAGGGCAGCGCUUCAAGGACGUGGUGGGCAGUGCGUACUAUGUGGCGCCAGAGGUGUUGAGAAGACACUAUGGCAGCGAGUGUGACGUGUGGAGCGUUGGAGUCAUCACAUACAUGCUGCUGUGCGGCACCCCGCCCUUCUGGGAUGUGUCAGAGGAGGGGAUAUGUGAGGCGGUGCUGAAGGGAGAGUACGAGAUGAGCAGUGCCCCCUGGCCGGCCAUCUCCCAGCAGGCGAGGCACCUGGUGGGGCGCAUGCUGGAGAGCGAUGCAGCCAAGAGAAUCACCACCCAGGAGAUCCUUGAGCACGAGUGGGUGCGGGAGGGAGGAGCGCCAACGUGCCCACUGUCUCUUCCCGUCAUGAAGCGCGUGCGCCAGUUCUGCCAAAUGAACCACCUCAAGCGACGAGCCCUCGCCGUGGUGGCGGGGUGCUGUUUGGACGAGGAGGAGAUGGCAGUGAUUCGAACACGCUUUGACCAUCUCGACCUCGACAGGGACGGCUGCAUCUCCGUGUCGGACCUUGUUGCCGGCUUCCAGUCGCUGCACAUCCCACUCUCAGAGGACGAGGCCCGAGAGAUCAUCCAGGCGGCGGACAGCAAGGGGUCGGGCACAUUGGACCUGUCAGAGUACGCAUCUGCCAUCAUGGUGAAGCGCAUGGAUGCCGCGCGCAUAGACAAGGCAUUCCGGCACUUUGACAAGGAGGGGCGUGGCUAUAUCACAAUGGCUGAUUUGAAGGCCACGCUUGCAGCAGGCGAGAGUGAUGAGACAGUGGAGCGCCUCUUCAAGGAGAUUGGCAACAAGCAUAGUGGGCACAUUGACCGGGAGGAGUUCAGUCGGAUGAUGCGUGAGGGUAUGGAGGAUGGCAGUGCAUGGAGAGGUUCAGGGCUAUUGAGCAACCUCUCAGAGAUCAGAAUACAGGAGCUGCACCAUACUGAGAAAUUUUGA